AUGAAUUCUAGUAUCUUACACGAGCACAUUCUCUACGAGAAAAUCUGCGAUACUCCAGUUUACGAAGCAUAUCAAAAGUUUUGCAAAGUUUUUGAAUGUGAAACAAUGGACUAUCGAGAAUAUGAUUACUUAUAUUAUCAUUUGAAUAAUGAUAACGUACAAUCUGGAAUCAAGUUCGACCAGAAAACCCGCCAACUGUCUGAUGUUCCCAUAGAUCUUGUGAAGAAAAUCAUUGGAAAUCUGGAUUAUGAAAAAAUGACGAUUCUGCGAAAUACUUCAACUGGUAUCCGAGACCUUGUGGACAAUUUUGAUUUGAAGACGGGUUCCAUUGCCCUGGAUAUUUUUGACACCGGUACCAUUGCACAGAGCGAAGUAUUCUAUAUUGAUUACUCGGAUGAAAAUGGUAUCGUCUACCAAUUCCCAACAUCUGCGAAAAAUAGAAAGUCAAGGAAAGAGGAAGCGAGCCAUUUGGAGGUUGCUAUGAGAGAGGUCGAAUUAUUGUUCAACAAUCCCAAUAAUCAGGUGGAUUACAUUCAAUUAAAACUUGUACGUGAUGAAGAGAUCAGAAAUUCAAAUUGGAAUUUGCUCGAAACCUCUUUCAAGAAGAUGAAGAACAGUAGAAUUUGCACAGUCUCGUUUGCUGGAUUUUUGAACAAGGAAAUUGCUACGAUGAUGCAAUCAUUCACACCUGGAAUACUGAGCGAUCUAUACGCCAAUAUCGUCGAUUCGCAACUUUCGUAUAUUAUGAAAACGGAUCAUUGGAAACAAUUGAAGAUUGUUAAAGUAAAAGCACCAUAUCAUCUUUCUGUGCCGAUCGAUAAUAUCAUUCAUUUGACACAUUUCGAUAUACCGGUAGAGAAACUUACAACCACUGGUGCUAUGAAAAUACACGAUGCUAUUGUGAACUCUUCAACCUUGAGAAUGGGCAUGAUCCGAGCAGCCAUUCCAAACCCGAGUGAAAUCGCCGGUAUCUUUGGCCAAACUAGUGUACAUUCUGGAGCUUCAGACGUUGGUAGUAAUCUUGCCAUUGAUUUCGACGUUGGAAUUGAUAUGGAUUUUUUGGCGGAAGAUAAUGAAGAAGAUGAAGAUAACUCCGAUGAAUCAAACGACAAUGCUAUUUACAAAGCUAGUUUGCAUACUAACGAGGACGAAUUCAUCGUAGUCGUCUGUCAAAAAUACUUGAAGAUCAAAAAGCUGCGAAAUAAGAUGCCAAUAAGCUUUUAUUGA